CUUUUUCGCGCCUCUCGUAGUCCCGAAGUUUCGCCCGAACGUGAAAGAAAUCCUAUUACAUAAUUAGUUAUUUGUUAUUUUCAAAGUAUUAGCAAGUAAAAAGCUCUUUUUCUUUUAACUGCAAUAUGGAUAGCAGUACAUCUAUUGAUGCUUGUCCGGCAGGUGACAAUCCAAAGGACUCUUUAGAACAAACUGAGAGUUCCAAUGAAAGUAAGUUAUUGCCAAAUAAUGUUAUUACCGAAGAAAUGAUCAAAGAAGAAGAACGUUUAGAGAAAAAUGCUAUCAAAGAAGAAGAAGAAAUGAAACAGAAGAUGCUACAAGAAGAGAAAGAAAUGAUGGAAGAACAAUGUUAUAAACGUUUAAAACUUUUACUUGGUCGGAGCAGUAUUUAUGCCCAGUUUAUGGCUGACAAGUUGAACCGGAAGAAUGCUAAAUUGAAAAAAAAGAGCAAGAGAAAUGACCCUGAUAAUUCUGGGAAAAGAAAGAAAACAAUCGAUUCUCCCGUUAAAACCCGAAGAAAAAGAAUGCGUGUUGAUGUGGUUGAUUUAUUUGAAAAAGAAAAGACAAACCUGGAAAACGUUGACAAUUCCCCAUCAUUGGAUAAGCCAAAGGGCUCAAAUCAACUGCAACCAGAUUUGUUUUGUGGUGGAACAAUGCGUUCCUAUCAGAUGGAAGGUUAUGAGUGGUUAAAAGUUUUGUAUGAAAAUGGAGUGAAUGGUAUAUUAGGUGAUGAAAUGGGUUUAGGGAAAACUAUUCAAUGCAUUGCAUUCAUAGCUCAUUUGAUUGAAAUGGGAGUUUCAGGACCAUUUUUUGUUUGUGGACCAUUAUCAACAGUUCCCAACUGGUGUGCAGAAUUUAAGCGAUUUGCUCCUGAUAUUCCUGUUGUACUUUAUCAUGGACAUAGAGAUGUAAGGCACAGUUUAUGUAGUAAGAUUCGUAAAAAAUAUCCAGUCGGGAAUAAAUUUAGCUAUCCUGUCAUUGUUACAUCUUUUCAAAUUUCACUUAUUGAUCGUAAAAAACUGUAUGCUUUUGAUUGGAAGCUUCUGAUUAUAGAUGAAGCUCACAGAAUAAAAAAUUAUCAGUGCAGGCUUGUCAAGGAAUUGAAAUUGUUCAAUGCUACCCAUCGUUUGCUACUGACAGGAACACCUUUGCAAAAUAAUUUAAGUGAACUUUGGUCUCUUCUUAAUUUUAUAUUACCUGAAAUUUUUGAUGAUCUUCAAAUUUUUGAAUCUUGGUUUGAUGUCACUCGUCUUACAGCAUCCGGAGCUGCUCAAGAAAUAGUUGCUAAGGAGCAAGAACGACAGAUUGUGUCAACUAUACAUCAGAUAUUGACCCCAUUUUUUUUGAGGCGUACCAAAGAUGAUGUAGAGCUAGAAUUGCCUAAAAAGAAAGAAGUUAUUGUGCAUGCUCCACUCACUGCUUUACAGCGAGAGUAUUACACGGCAGUACUGAAUAAAACAAUUGAAGAAGUUGCGAGAGCUUCCAAAAAAGAAGAUUCGGAAAUAGUUGUAGGGAAACGAAAACGCAAUUCAAAUUUAAAUUAUCGUGAAUUAAAUGAAACAGACUUUAAAACUACUUCUUCAGCAACAACAAGUUGGAGCGAAACAUAUAACAAUAGCUCCUCCUUGAGAAAAGAUGGUUUUUCAGAGAUAUAUAUUAAUACAAGAAACUCGCAAAUGAUUUUGAGAAAAAUAUGCUGUCAUCCAUAUUUACUCUCUUAUCCUCUAACAAACUCUUUGGAAUAUAAAGUUGAUAUUGAAUUGGUAAAAAAUAGUGGAAAAUUUUUAGUUUUGGAUGUCAUGCUACCUGCUCUCAAGGAAAGAGGGCACAAAGUUAUAUUAUUUUCUCAGUUUACAUCUUUAAUAGCAAUUUUAGAGGACUACUGCUCGUUCCGUAACUACCCUUACAACUUAUUAACAGGCUCUAUGUCUCUGGAAGAAAGAGACUUGAACAUCACUGAUUUUAAUACAAAUCCAGACUCUUUCCUGUUUUUAGUCAGUACCAGAGCUGGUGGUUUAGGCAUCAAUCUUACUUCAGCCGACACCGUCAUUGUGUUUGAUUCUGACUGGAACCCUCAGGCUGAUCUUCAAGCGCAGGACAGAUGCCACAGAAUUGGACAAACCAAACCUGUUGUUGUAUACAGGUUAAUAGUGCCUAGCACUAUUGAUGAAAGAAUUUUGGACAGGGCUACUGCAAAGCGUAAACUUGAGAAAGCCAUCAUACAAAAGGGGCGUUUCAAGUCUAUAAACUCUCUGAAUGCUCAAGAUGAAAAAAAAUUAAGCAAAGAGGAGUUGUUGGAAUUGCUGGAAGCUGCUGAUGUGGAUGGUUUUGUUAAAACUGAUGAAAGCAGCGUAAUUUCUCCUAAACAGCUAGAAGAACUUUUAGAUAGGAGUGACAUGAUGUAGAUCAAAAUGGGAUGAAACAAAUUGCAUUUAUUUGUAUCAUUUUUUUUAAAUCUUUUUUUUUUAAUCAGCUGUACCAUUAGUUCAUCCAAUCCCACAAAAAGAAAAUGAAACAAAACACAACAGGCUGUAUACUGGUCUAGUUCAUUCAUACCUGGCAUCACUAUAAUCCUAACAGUUUUAUGAUACUGUACAUAAAGCGUGGUAGAUAGUGUGCUUUUUCAAUGUCCAAAAUUUUGCUGAGCAUUUAAAAUUGCAAAAUUUGUUAACAAAAACUACUGACCAGAAUUUGUGCUGUUGCUCCAUAAAUCUAACAUAUAUUUGUUGAUUGUUAAAAUACAGUAAUUUAUCAUAAAGUUACUUUUCAUUUUACAUGUAAAUAAAUUAAAUUUUUCUUUAAACUGGAACUAUAAAAAAAAAUAUUUAAAGGUUAUUGACUGACUUAAAGAGAUGAGCUAUUCAAUUUUUGUUUCAAAAUUUUCAAAUGAUAAAACUAUUGCAUUAACUUAUUAAUGAUAUUUUCAAUUGUUAUUUUUCCUAAGAAAUUUCAGCAUAAUUGCACUUUUAAUUUAUGUCAUAUUAAAUGACUUCGCACACGCAAAACCAUUGGAAUGCAACAUUUAUAGUUGGUCAGAAAAUCAGAUAAAUUAGCAAAAGGUGGAGAGUACUGAUCAUAUUAAGUAAGAAAGUAGAGUCCUUCAGUGUAUAUUUAUGCUAAAUUUGUAGUGGUUUGAUUUUCUUUUAAAUUUUAAAAACUGACUUAUCAUUUGUUCUUAAGUUGCAUAUUCUCAACAAUUAACCUUUCUGAUUAAAUGCUGUAUUGACAAAUUUUUACAUAAAAUAUUUUUUUAAAGUUUCUAAAUUUCAAAAAUAACAAAUAUAUAUAUAAUGUGUUCUAUACAUAUAAUAUGUAUAUAUGUAUAAGGUAAGAAAAAUAGUUGAUUAUUAAAAAAAUUCAGGGGGGAGGAAAUUAUAAAAUGUACACAUUUGAAUAUCUUAUAAUUAUACAUACUUUGUACAAAUAUUUAGUAUCAAACUUUUAAGGAUAAUAAGAAAAAUAAUUCGACUAUCCAAAAAUUUCAAUUGAAAAAAAUGGUCUUUCAUUUUUUACAUUUUUAAUUGUAUGUUCUUUAUUCAACCAUUUAAUUAAAGAUAUUUAAAGUGUUUGCCUUUUAAUUUGUCUUUGAACUUUACAACCCUUUUUCACAAUUUUGUCCCAUACAGCCUACUGUCUGGUUUGUUUACUUAUUCAUGCAUUUAUUAUAUCAUGUAUUCAUUUAUGAAUUCACUUAUUUAUAGGGCCUGAUUUAAAAGUAUUAGGAUAGUAAGCCCGACCCAUUUGUAAGAACCCCUUUUUGAAUUGUUACAAUCGCAGAAUGUGCUGUGUAAAAAGCACAUAUUUUUGUCAUUCCAUGGGGCCCAUCCACCUCACAUGGCAUAAAACUGGUCCAUAAAAGUCAGUAUUUUAAAACUGCUGGUAAUCUGUUUUACUUGAUACAAAUCUUUGCUAUUCUUUUAUUGGAUUGGGAUGAUUUAGUUUUAUGAGAAACCUAACUCCCCCCCCCCCCCACACACACCCUUUGAUAUUGGGUAUAUUAUUUGAAACAUUUUCCUGUCUUUGCCCAAAGUACAAGGUAAGAUGAAGAUUUUUUUCAAGCAGCGAGGUAUACAUGACAGCUACAUUUGGGUACAAUAUCAAGAUAAGUAAAAAUUUGUUAUAUUUAAAUUCUUAUUUUAACUUCCAUUAUAAGUUCUUGCAGUAUAAGUGAACUUACACCCUGUCCCAAAAAUUUAGACACAAACAAACAAAAUAAAAUUCACAGUAAAAAUAUGAAUGGUAAAAUAUUUAAUUUCAUAUGAGUAGACUAAUAAUAAACACUACGUAGAGCACAAGAUAAGGUUACUUUAUUAGAAAAAGCAUCAUGCAGGGCGCAGAGUUGUAGUUUUGGUCGGAUAAAACCUAUUUUGGCCAUGCCACUAGCAA